CUCUGGGUUGGUGCAAGAGUCCCACGGGAUGCAAAGAAAAUGAAGACGGGAGGAACCUGGUUAGGUCUGCUAAUGGGCCAGGGCUUGCUGGCUUCAAGAACCAGACAUUUUUCCAGUGAAUGGAUAAAUAUGAUGGAUUUCACAAAACUCAAGAUUCUUGUUUGCCUUGUAGGGCUUAGCUGUGCCAGCUUCUGGUUUUCUUACAUGAAUUUGACCAAACUCUGUAUAUUCUGUGAAAAAAAACAGAAUUCCUUACUACCUACACAGACUUUUAGGAGAAUCCAAGGAAGCUUCUUGCAGCUCCCAGAUAUAGAUUGCCAUAAGAACCCGCCUUUUCUCGUCCUGCUUGUGGCAUCCUCAUACGAGCACAGCAAUGCCAGGAUGGCCAUCCGGCAAACCUGGGGGAAGGAGAGAAUGGUGGCCAGCAAACGCCUUGUGACAUAUUUCCUCCUGGGAACCACUGUGAAUCUCACACAGCAGGCUGACAUCACUGAUGAAAGCCAAAAAUACAAAGACAUUAUUCAAAAGGACUUUAUAGACACAUACUACAACCUGACUUUGAAGACCAUGAUGGGAGUUGAGUGGAUUCACAAGUUUUGUAACCAGUCCAGCUUUGUGAUGAAAACCGACACAGAUGUGUUUGUCAAUGUUUUUCACCUCACUGAGCUGCUUCUAAGGAAAAAUAGGACCACAGGGUUCUUCACAGGCUUUUUAAAACUGCAUGAGUACCCCAUAAGGGAGAGAGGCAGUAAGUGGUACGUGAGCAUAGAAGAAUAUCCAGGAAAGACCUACCCACCGUUUUGUUCAGGGACUGGCUAUGUUUUAUCCACUGAUGUUGCUAGUCAGAUCUAUAAUGUUUCAGAGAGCAUUUUGUUCAUCAAACUGGAGGAUGUAUUCAUAGGACUGUGCCUUGCCAAAUUAAACAUUCAGCUGGAAGAGCUUCAUUCAGAGCAGACAUUUUUUCCAGAAAAGAUUACAUUCUCUGUUUCUCGCUUUAAGAAAAUUGUGAUGUGCCAUAAAGUAAAACCAUCUGAACAGCUGAGCUACUGGAAUCACUUAGUGACAGAAGAACACAGAGGAGUGCUCUAG